GGGGUAAGCAAGAUGGGAUAGGGGAUAUGGAGGUAAGGAAGGAAAAGUCGUAAUGGACUCGUUAGCUGGAUGAGGGGCGGUUUCCGUCUAGAAGGCUCAGAGUCAUUUGACAGAUCGGGUACCCAGAAGAAGGGUCGGCAGCGCGAGCCCGACGAACUUACUAGAAGGCAACAGAUGCAGCGGCAGCGGCAGCGGGAGUGGCAGCUUGCUCAUGCGCUGAAGGAUCACAAUUGGAUGCCGAUGUCCAUACUACGCUCUCAGCCCGUUAGCGCACACUACCUGAGCCAUCUGCGGCUUAUCCAAGAGGAAAGACGUCAGGAUAUGGAAGCAAUGCGGAACUCGAAGUGUGGGCCUGUAGGUUAUGAAUGGUCGCAUUGGGCUGACUCGUUCUCACAAACGGCACGCAAGCAAUGGCUCCAAGGACUCAUUGACAGCCGCCGGCUUCGCGCCAUGAAGCAGGCACUAUGGCCCCAAAAGAAGAAGGACCAGGGAGCUCUGACACGACGCUCUGUUUCCGAACUGAGCUCCUGCUCUUCUUCUCAGAUCUCGACGGCCUUCCCAGCCAAAUGGGGCUGUGUCGUCUUUUGCUCGAGUUGCAUGAGGGGCGAAGUUCCACGAUCAGUCGAGCUUCGGCAGUCAACAGGGCACCACUACAAAGUAUGCGCUAAGGAAAAGUCCGAGCAUACUAAUCGAACGCUAGUGAAGAACACUAAUCGAACACUGGUAAAGAACACAAAUCGAAUGCUGGUGACGAGCACGGAUCGAACACUGGCGAAGACCACACAGGGUGGAGUCGUUCACACUAGCCGGCAGAGGGUUAAGCGGAAACAAGUGCUGGACACGCGGUGGCAGAAGCGAGAAUCCAAAGUGAAGGGAGGCCAAGUGCGGAAACAGAGGCAGCAAAGGAAGCGCCGGAAGCAAAAGCUUGGCACCGGAAGACGCUUAGUACGAGGCAAGAGAGUUCAUUCACAUCCAGUUUCUGCUCCUCCCGCACCCGCGCAAGAACGUGGUGUGUCAAGCGAUGUCGGCAACAUAGGUCAGGAUGCUACCAAAGCAGCAGCAGCAGUAGAUCUCAAGCGGCGACUCAGUCUGGAUCUCAAGGCUAUCAAGAGUCAAGCGGAGGCCAGAGGCGCCACGAAGUUGAAGGUCUCAUCCAGAAAGACUGAGUCCACCAAAGAAACCAGUCAGUCUGGAAGUCAGAGGUAUGGGGAUUCACACGGGAAAUCCAGUAAAGCAAAGAGGCCGACCAAAACUGCUGUGAUUCAACUGCCGCGAUCCAGUGCUGCAGAGUCCAACAAACCGAUGAAGAAGGCAGAUGAUAGCGCCAAGAAGGAUCACAGAGCGGCCGCCGAUGGUGCGAGGGAGAGGAAAGAGACUGCGAAAUCAAUGGGAAAGAAGGGUGGCAGGGGGGGGGGGGUAAGCCCCUCCAUUUCUGACCCUGUCAAGGAAUCAAAUUCCAGCUCAAAAAGGGGGCAACAACAAGGUCAGCAAGGUUCUAAAAAAGGCCGUCCUCGUACGACGCGCACAGGCCGACGGAAAGUCCGGAAGCCAAAACCGUUGACUAGCAGCCCGCCUCCUCCUCGCCGCAGCAAAACGCAUCGUAGUGAAAGUGUUAGUUCUGACAAGGAGGAUGAAGAUGCCCGGUCACACUCACAUUUCGCUUCAGGCAAGCCCGCUGAUAACAUGAGGACGCGGUCAGAGUCGGAGAAAGACAAGCAGCGGAUGCGGAAAGGUGCCAAAAGUGGGGAUGGGGGUUCGUUGUCUAGAGGUGAAAAGAAUAGAAGUUCUGACGAUGAACAGGAUGGCAAGGGCAAGGAUUAUGCAAGCUUGCUGUCAACGUCGUCCCAGACGUCAGAUGACAUCAGGGAGAGGUCAGGAAAGGGGCAGAAGCAGCUGCUGCAGAAACGGUCUAAAAGCGCGGAUCGGGGUUUGUUGUCUGGUAGUGCUGGAAAGGGCAGAAAAGGAAAACAAUUGUUUGCAAGUACCCCGGGGACUCCGAAACGUCUGAAGCUGGACCGUCAUGGCGCUGCUGCCGAUUCUGAAAACGGCAAAAGAAGUUCAAAAAGGAGGUCCAAAGCGCACGAUAUGGACGAUACCGUGAGCUUAACUGUGAGUGAGGCAGGCAAAACGGUGAGCUUAACUGUGACAGUAGGUAGUCCCGGAGCGAAGCACACAGGUGGCGGAGAAAAUGCUGAACCGGACAGCGGCAUGGGUGCAAGGGAUGGAUCUCCUGCACCCGUUGAGAUGGACAAUGAUGACAGACAAGGUGGCGAUAAUCUGACUGGCGGAGAAAUUGCUGAGCUGCACAGGGGUACAGGCGCAAAGGAUGCAUCUCCUGGACCCAUCGACAUUGCCAGUGCCGACAGACAAGCCGGUGAUGGUCGGACUAGUGGAGAAAUCGCCGCUGAAUGGGACAAGGGUACAGGUGCAAAGGAUGAAGUUCCUGUACCAAUUGACAUUGCCAGUGCCAACAGGCAAGGCGGUGAUGUUGUGGCGAACAAAAAUAUAUUAUCCAGUGCAUUGCCGAUCGACGUUCAACAAUCUACCGUUUCAUCGGGUCUAUCCACCCCUGCCUCACUUCCCAACCCUCUGGGAUCCAGUUCACAAACUGCAGCUCCUUUUGAAGACAUGCAGGAUUAUGUCCAAGAGAAUAUUGAAAUUGAGGGCGCGCAAGGUACCAAGUAUGAUGCACAAGGGGGUGGUAGGGGUGAUGUAGGCAGCAGGCAAGGAGCAGCGGCGGAGCUUCGGUUGUCAUCGUCGCCAACUGAUGCCAAUGCAAUGAAGCGUAACAGAACUCCAAGUCAAGAAGAAGUGCUCGAGGUCCAGGACUGGAAGAUGGCUCGGUUUUUCUCCUCAGCUGAUGCACAGAGUCUCUCCCCCUCCCCUGCUCCGAAGACCCCGAGAAAGGUGCCGGGAGGUUUCGGCGAUGCCUCUUUGGAAAGCGACAACGAGGGCAAGGAGUAUGGGCAGUUUACGCUGAACACCUCUUCCUCUCCUCUUGAUCCGUCGACUCCCCGAUCCACGAAGUCGGUGAGACCAUCGUCAAGCAACCCUCAACUCAGUGCCGUCCUUGGAAGCGACACCGAGACAGUAAGCAGUCACAAUCAGAGUUCUCACACAGCCACAACAACAUCUCGGAAAAGUGGAAAGAGUUCUCCGGCCUCGUUUGUGGUUCGUGUCACCGUCGAUCGAGAAUUGCUCUUCGCCUCGGGUCCAAGAAAGACGGUUUCUGAGGGAGCUACCCCGAGGUCCGGCCACGGAAGCACUGGAGGAGGAAAACCGGGCACACAUCAAAUGAUCAUAGAUGCCCCGGGAUCAGUUGCAAAGUCAGAGUCAGCGGUAGUCGUGCGUACACUCAGUCAAACUCUGAGCAGCCUUGCCGUCAGCGGGAAGUUGCCGCGAGAUGAAGGGACGGAAACAAACAGUGAAGAUAGGAGUGCAGAUGGUGCCUCAUCUUCUUCCCAGCCUGCCUUGCCAACGGAACAACUUACGCUGGCCCCACAGAAUCGGCUCUAUUCCGCAUCCGCCCUGGGACGCGUUUCAAGAAAUGUUGCUAAGGAUGAGCUCCACGGUCCCAACACAAGUAGGAGUCAAGAUGGUACCAGGCAAUCUUAUGGCACACAUCCUCCCAAUAGGGAUUGGGAUCCUCAAUCUCCCUCUGCCACCUCAGGUUAUGCUUCUCCGCAGAUAGGAAAGCAGGAGGGCAAGAGACGCGUGCAAAUCUCGGAGAAGGUUUUCCAUAGUGAUGGUACCGUCUUGCCACAGAAGGACAUGGAGGAAGAAGAAGGUCCUUCAGAAGUGCAGUCCAGUACAAACCGUGCGCACUUCGGAGCAGAAAAGGGCGUUCAAGACGACGAGAACGAGCGACAGGGGUAUGAGAGCGACUUCGAAGAGCAGUACGCCAGUGAUUUUGAAAGCGAGGGUACAAGAACAAGCCAUGCUACCCGAAGGGUGACGCCCUACCCCGACGCUCUAGAGAUGUUGGAGGCGGAACUUGAAGAUGAUGAGGACCAACCUGUGUACCCCCAAAGUGCAUUUCAACAUGGGAGCAUAACCCCUGGGAGGGUCACAAAGCGAUCGCGUCAGCGGCUACAAGCAACACUGCCAGCAAGUAAAUCUCAGCCGAUCACUCCGCGCCAAAAUUUGAGGCCUCAGAAUGACUGGAAAAACAACAGCGGCUAGGUAAUGUACCGUCACCACUGUGGGGCUUUGCAGUACCGGGUAUUGACCCCCUAAACCAACUUCCGGGACCUCCGCACCAGCCAGCAAG